AUGAUUUUAUCGGUUGCGUUGUUAAUCAAUUAUGUGAUUCUAUUCUUUUUGGAAAUUAUUGGAUAUCAUCUUUGUCACAGCAUCGUUAUGGUACUGAAUGGUUAUUAUCAUUUAUGCCAAGUCAUUUUAUGUACAGUUCGAAUCGUCUCACAACGAAUUCAGUUUACAUAUACCCCACGACUUACGUAUGGACUAGCUCGAGUUGGUGUUGUCGGUGAAUUAGUUGCUUUUGUUAGUUUCCUUUCAUUGUCUAUCUCUAUCUUCCUCGAAAGCAUCAAACACCUUUAUGAUGUUUUCUUUGUCAUACCAAAGAGAGAAACGAACAGUUCAAAAAUACUCACUGCACAUGGACAUGAACAUGUACACAGUCUUUAUGAUCGACCUGAAUUCAUUCUCGGCGUCGGAGUAUAUUCAAUGAUAUCAAAUUGUAUCUUAGCUGUCGUAUUACUUUUUACAAUUAUGCAACGUUCAAAACAAUUUAAACAACAAUUAAAACAACGACGACCAAGUAAUACAGAACCAAUACCAAAGAACAUGUCCGACUCAUUGCUCAUUACCGAUACAUUACCUAUUCAACACUCAUUUCUUCAAAUAUUAAGUAUGCUGCUUGGGCCUUUGGCUCUCUUAACAUGUGGCAUACUCCUGUUCAUUCUACCUCACAAAACUUCUGAAGAAAUUACUUACCGCCGUGCAGUCGAUCCUUUCAUGGGUUCUCUUCUAUUUUCUUAUUACUUGAUGAUGCUUAUUAUUCCGAUACGGGAAGUUGUUCAUCUUGUUUUGCAAGCAAAACCGUAUGACGUGAAUUCCGACGACAUUGAAUCAAGAGUUAUGUCUUCUGUUCCAGGCGUUGUAAGACUUCACGAACUGCAUAUAUGGCGUUUAACACCUCAGAAAACAUUGGCUACUGUGCAUGUAGUGUUUAAUACUACAGAGAGCAUUCUAACUAAAUAUAAAACGAUUUCUUUUAUCUUUCAAACGCAUCAUAUCGACCAUGUGACUAUUCAACCUGAAUUUGCAUUGAGUGCGGAAGAAAUUGACCAACUUGAUUGUCGUUAUCAGUGUUCAGCGGACAACGCCACUUGUAGUCCUUUGCAAUGUUGUGAAACUUCACCUGCUAUUAUGCCUGGCACAAGCACCUCCCUGUCGCAAACUAUGCACUUUCGUCGACGAAGUAGCGUAGAUCUGAACAAUGGUAGUGACAUUAAAACAGAACAGGAAAAGCAGUUACUUGAUAAUUCAAGUGCUAAUACUUCAGCUUCACCUCUGACGAAUUCUUCAGUCGUCGUCACUACAAUGAAUGAGAAAUAG